AUGCCAGUUCCACAGGCGAUGUAUGCUUGCAUGCCAGUUCCACAGGCGAUGUAUGCUUGCAUGCCAGUUCCACAGGCGAUGUAUGCUUGCAUGCCAGUUCCACAGGCGAUGUAUGCUUGCAUGCCAGUUCCACAGGCGAUGUAUGCUUGCAUGCCAGUUCCACAGGCGAUGUAUGCUUGCAUGCCAGUUCCACAGGCGAUGUAUGCUUGCAUGCCAGUUCCACAGGCGAUGUAUGCUUGCAUGCCAGUUCCACAGGCGAUGUAUGCUUGCAUGCCAGUUCCACAGGCGAUGUAUGCUUGCAUGCCAGUUCCACAGGCGAUGUAUGCUUGCAUGCCAGUUCCACAGGCGAUGUAUGCUUGCAUGCCAGUUCCACAGGCGAUGUAUGCUUGCAUGCCAGUUCCACAGGCGAUGUAUGCUUGCAUGCCAGUUCCACAGGCGAUGUAUGCUUGCAUGCCAGUUCCACAGGCGAUGUAUGCUUGCAUGCCAGUUCCACAGGCGAUGUAUGCUUGCAUGCCAGUUCCACAGGCGAUGUAUGCUUGCAUGCCAGUUCCACAGGCGAUGUAUGCUUGCAUGCCAGUUCCACAGGCGAUGUAUGCUUGCAUGCCAGUUCCACAGGCGAUGUAUGCUUGCAUGCCAGUUCCACAGGCGAUGUAUGCUUGCAUGCCAGUUCCACAGGCGAUGUAUGCUUGCAUGCCAGUUCCACAGGCGAUGUAUGCUUGCAUGCCAGUUCCACAGGCGAUGUAUGCUUGCAUGCCAGUUCCACAGGCGAUGUAUGCUUGCAUGCCAGUUCCACAGGCGAUGUAUGCUUGCAUGCCAGUUCCACAGGCGAUGUAUGCUUGCAUGCCAGUUCCACAGGCGAUGUAUGCUUGCAUGCCAGUUCCACAGGCGAUGUAUGCUUGCAUGCCAGUUCCACAGGCGAUGUAUGCUUGCAUGCCAUUUCCACAGGCGAUGUAUGCUUGCAUGCCAGUUCCACAGGCGAUGUAUGCUUGCAUGCCAGUUCCACAGGCGAUGUAUGCUUGCAUGCCAGUUCCACAGGCGAUGUAUGCUUUUAGGGGAGUACUGCGCAUGACCCUUCUUAUCCGUACAAUUGGCUUUUCUAUAAUUGAUUGA